AUGGAGAGCGAUUGGUCCAAGGGUCCACAUGUUGACUUCAAAGAUGGACAUCACCCUGCUGAUCCAAGAAGGAGCCUGCAGCAGAGACCACACUCGCCUGUAUCCAGCAGCGUGUCCAUGCAGAGUGAGUGGUCCAAGGGUCCACAUGUCGACUUUAAACAUGAACAGAGGUCUGACCUCGGGAAGAUCCUGCAGCAGAGACCACACUCUUCUGUAUUCAGCAGUGUGUCCAUGAAGAGCGAUCGGUCCAAGGGUCCACAUGUUGACUUUAAACAUGAACAGAGCCCUGAUGAUGCAAGGAAGGUCAGACAACAGCAGCAGCGCUCUCCUGUAUCUAGCAGUGUGUCCAUGCAGAGCGAGCGGUCCAAGGGUCCACAUGUUGACUUUAAACAUGAACAGAAGUCUGACCAAGGGAAGAUCAGACAACGGCAGAAGCACUCUUCUGUAUCCAGCAGUGUGUCCAUGCAGAGCGAGCGGUCCAAGGGUCCACAUGUUGACUUUAAACAUGAACAGAGGUCUGAUAAUCCGGGCAACUCUGGGGUCAACAUGCUGGAAGAUCAAAUGGCUUCUAAGAAGCCUAAGGUCUUUAAAAACAAAUCUAGUCUAAAACUCCUUCAUCAGAUUGCUGUGGACAAGGCCUUACAGAGUCCAAAUGGACACCUGGACUUGUUCCUCCGCUUCCUCCUUGGGCUAUCACUGCUGAACAUGGAGGAGAUUCAACAGUUCCUGAGUUCAGGAAGUCUCUCUACAGAUAAACUGUCUUCUGCUCAGUGGUCAGCUCUGGUCUUCAUCUUACUGUCAUCAGAUGAAGAUCUGGACAUAUUUGACUUGAAGAAAUACUCUGCUUCAGAAGAAGCUCUUCUAAGGCUACUCCCAGUGUUCAAAGCCUCCAACAGAGCUCUGAUGGCUGUGUGCAAACUGUCGUGGAGAAGCAGUGAAGCCCUGUCCACAGUUCUCUGCUCUGAGUCCUGUAGCCUGAGAGAGCUGGAUCUGAGUAACAAUGACUUGCAGGAUUCUGGCGUAAGAGGGUUGUUAGCUGGACUGGAGAGCCCACACUGUAAACUUGAAACUCUUAGCCUUUCAGGUUGUCUAAUCAGAUAUGACGGCUGUGCUUCUCUGGCUGCAGCUCUGAGAUCUAACCCCUCCCAUCUUAGAAAGCUAGACCUAAGCUACAAUCAUCCAGGAGAUUCAGGAGUGGGACUGCUGUCCACUGGACUGAAAAAUCCACACUGGAGACUGGACAUUCUGAAGGUGGAAAACUGUGGAGAGCAAAGGUUAAAACCCGGUCUGAGAAAAUAUGCCUGUGAACUUACACUGGACAGAAACACAGCACACAGAAAGCUGAAACUUUCUGAAAACGACAGAAAAGUAAUGCUGGUAGGAGAGAAGGAGCAGACGUAUCCCAAUCACCCAGACAGAUUUGACCGUAGGGAGCAGCUGUUGUGCAGUAAUCGCCUGACUGGUCGCUGUUACUGGGAGGUGGAGUGGAGAGGAGAAGUUGACAUAGCCGUAAGUUACAGAGGGAUAAAACGGAAAGGAAACAGUGAAGACUGCAAGUUUGGAAUGAAUGAUCAGUCGUGGUGUCUGCGAUGCUCUGAUGGUGGCUUCUCCGUCUGCCAUGAUAACAAAAUCAGAUCAGUCCCUCCCUCUUCGGUCUCUAACAGAGUAGCAGUGUAUGUGGAUUAUCCUGCUGGCACUCUGUCCUUCUACAGAGUCUCCUCUGACAAACUGUUCCAAAUCCACACCUUCGAAACCACAUUCACUGAACCUCUGUAUGCUGGGUUUGGUUUUGUGUUUGGGUUGGGCGUCGAGUCUUUGAUGCUGUCAAUUGACUCCUCUGUGUCUCUAUGUUCAGUAUAG